CGGCGGCGGCCCAGCAGAGGGGACUUUCCUGGCAGCCCGGCGGCGAGGGGCGCGGACUCUGAGUGUGCCCUGCCCCGGUUCAUGACUCCUGCAAGCCGGCUGGGAGGCCGAACGCCGCAGCCCCGCGCCGCGCCCCCGAGCGCCCCCGGCGCCCCCUGGCCCGCGGGCCCGCCGCGCGCCGCCGCCCAGCACCCUGCGCCCGCGGCGGUGGAUGGCAUGAUGGUGCGGGGACGGCGCCGCGGCGGUGGAAGCAGGCUCCCCAGCGGCAUGCCAGUGCCCGCCGGGCGCGAUGGCUAGCGGCAGCGCCGGCAAGCCCAGUGGCGAGGCGGCGGCUUCUCCGGCUCCUGCGGGCGGUGGCGGCGGGGCCUGCUCGCAGCCGCGCAAGAGGCUGGUGUCCGUGUGCGACCACUGCAAGGGCAAGAUGCAGCUGGUGGCCGACCUGCUGCUGCUGUCCAGCGAGGCGCGGCCCGUGCUCUUCGAGGGUCCCGCCGCCUCGUCGUGCGCCGGCGCCGAGUCCUUCGAGCAGUGCCGGGACACCAUCAUCGCGCGCACCAAGGGGCUCUCCAUCCUCACCCACGACGUGCAGAGCCAGCUCAACAUGGGCCGCUUCGGCGAGGCGGGGGACAGCCUGGCCGAGCUGGGCGACCUGGUGGUGUCGCUGACCGAGUGCUCGGCCCACGCGGCCUACCUGGCGGCCGUGGCCACGCCGGGCGCGCAGCCCGCGCAGCCGGGGCUGGUGGACCGCUACCGCGUGACGCGCUGCCGCCACGAGGUGGAGCAGGGCUGCGCCGUGCUACGCGCCACGCCGCUGGCCGACAUGACCCCGCAGCUGCUGCUCGAGGUGUCGCAGGGCCUGUCGCGCAACCUCAAGUUCCUGACGGACGCGUGCGCCCUGGCCAGCGACAAGUCCCGGGACCGCUUCUCCCGCGAGCAGUUCAAGCUGGGCGUCAAGUGCAUGAGCACCAGCGCCUCGGCGCUGCUGGCGUGCGUGCGCGAGGUCAAGGCGGCGCCCAGCGAGCUGGCGCGCAGCCGCUGCGCGCUCUUCAGCGGGCCCCUGGUGCAGGCCGUGAGCGCCCUGGUGGGCUUCGCCACCGAGCCGCAGUUCCUGGGUCGCGCGGCCGCCGUGAGCGCCGAGGGCAAGGCGGUGCAGACCGCCAUCCUGGGCGGCGCCAUGAGCGUCGUGUCGGCCUGCGUGCUCCUGACCCAGUGCCUCAGGGAUCUGGCGCAGCACCCCGACGGGGGCGCCAAGAUGUCGGACCACAGGGAGAGGCUGAGGAACUCGGCGUGUGCCGUGUCUGAAGGCUGUACCCUUCUAUCUCAGGCUUUACGGGAGAGGUCUUCGCCCAGGACUUUACCGCCAGUGAAUUCCAAUUCUGUGAAUUAGCACCCCACCCCACCCCCAGACGAAAGGAAGAUAUCUAACUCUGCCCCAUCCGUUUAUACCAAAGAAAUCGUAGGUGAGCGGUCCCCAUGCCCCGAACCCCGUGCGCGCCUGGAGCCCGCGCCCAGGACCUGGGACACGGAAGAUGGGUGACCCCCGGCGCUGUCGCCCCCCAACCCAUCUUCUUGGCUAAAUUUUAUUCUCCGUUGGGCAGGAAGCCGGGCAUGGGCUCAUUUCUUUCUCUCUCUCUCUCGGUGUUUUCUUUUUGUUUUCUAAUUAAAAGAAAGGUUACCUCAGUUUUCACUCCUUAGACGUGGAUGUAGCUACCUUUUUUUUUUUUUUUUUGUAUGUCAUUUUUUGAAGCAGUCGUGUUGAAUUAGGAGUAUACUUGGUGUGGAAAGUCUGACUUUGCCAUGCGGUUUGCAGAUGUGGGGGGGGGGGAGCUACUGUGAGCGUGUGUUUUAUGUUUUAAUUUACACUAUAGAGUGAUUUUUUUUUUCUUCCCCUGAUGUCAAGUUUUUACCUUGCAUGUACUGGAGUAUUUAUUUCAUCUAUUAAAAUGUUAUGUUUCUCA